GAAAAAGAAAAUUUCCGAGCACAACCAGGCGCAGGAUUCCACCGACCGGUCGACAGUUGAUUAGAUGCGACCGCCAUUUCUCAACUAUAUAAAGUUGGAAGUCAGAGUUCUCCUUGAAAUUGUCUCUCUGCUCUGAGCUUUUUGCGGUGCCAUGAAUUCCACCGACUUGUCCUAUUCUCCUCCUCCUCUCCCUGAAGCCGACACGAAGGCUUCGCGUCGCCCUAGAUCCCCCGAUGCAGAUGACAAGGAGAAACACACACACAUAAGGUUCCUUCUGUCAAAUACUGCAGCUGGGUCAAUCAUUGGAAAGGGCGGAUCAACAAUUACUGAGUUUCAGUCACAAUCUGGGGCGUGUAUUCAGUUGUCAAAAAGCCAUGAAUUCUUCCCUGGAACUUGUGACAGGAUAAUCAGGAUCUCAGGAGAACUUAAUGAAAUAACUAAAGCAACUAAAUUAAUUCUUGAGAAAUUGUUGAAUGAGGCUGAAGAAAAUCAUGAUGUUGAUAAUCGGACAAAAGUAAGGUUUAUUGUUCCAAACAGCGCAUGUGGUGCUAUUAUUGGAAAAGGCGGAUCUACUAUAAACAGAUCGCUUAUUGAAGAAUCCCAAGCUGACAUCAAGAUUUCUCCUCUGGGAAGGAAAUAUGGUGGAUUCAAUGAUAGGCUAGUUACUGUGACUGGUUCUUUGGAGGAACUUAUGCGGGCAAUCACCCUAUUAAUGUCAAAGGUAGCAGAAGAUGCUCAUUACAAACAAUCUAUGAAUUUACCAUUUUCAUAUGGCGUUGGCUUCAUGAAUCCUCCUGCAGCACAUACAACAAAUUAUGGCUCUAAUGGCAUUGGAGGAAAGCACACAAAUAUUGAGGGUAUAAUAUCUGCAAGUUCGCUUCCAGAGACCAAUGAUGUUCAAGGCAAUUCAACAACUUUGGGUGUACCAGAUGAGCAUAUUGGAGCUGUGGUUGGUCGUGGGGGUAGGAAUAUUUUGGAAAUUACUCAGAUUAGUGGCGCCAAGGUUAAGAUUUCAGAUCGAGGAGAUUUUAUGUCUGGUACUUCUGAUAGAAAAGUAACAAUCACUGGAACACCUGAAGCAAUUCGCACAGCUGAGGCUAUGAUAAUGCAAAGGGUGUCCGCCAAUGCUGAUAGAUGAUUCCUGCUGGAUUUCUACUUCGUUCUUCAAUUUCUUUCUCUAGAUAUACCUCAACGUAUGCUUUUUCCUUCAAAGAUUGUUUCAAAUUUGUGUCUCUGAGCAUUCAGGUCCUCUCUAAUCAUCAUUAUAAUUUAAGCAUGAAAGUACACAAUUUCAGCCAUGCAAUUCAUUUAGAUUUCUGAAAUUUUCUUUUCAAAUGUUUGAGUGAUUUGAACAAAAGGAAGUAGAAUCAUUCUGAGCCAUUCAAAGUGAGUAGGAUGGCUGUGAUAUUGUAAAUUACUAAAUUUACAUUCUGUAAUUAUCAUGAUACUUAGAGAGGAAUCAAAUAUGUGAUUGAAAUGACAUUUUACCAAACAUUAUGUGCGAAUAGGGAACAAUAAUGUUGAAGACCUUGCAAGCCCAAAGCACCAUUGUCAGUGGCAGCUUCACAGCUUUGCUUAAGUUCAAGCAGGUUAGUUUGAUCGACAUAACAUAAAUUUGAUGGCAAUGGGGGACUGUAGAUUACUUCAAUUCAAUCUCAAUAAGAAUCAUAAAAAAUCUGGAUAUUCCUAAACUUAUAAA